AUGAAGUCAUCAGACAGGCGCGUGCUGCUCUUAGCAGCAGCAGCAGCAGCAACAACAAUAGGCCCGGCGGCAGCCUUUACAAACACCAAGGUCGACUUCUUCAUGCGCAAGAACAUCGAUCCCAUCGUCAUCCCGGGCCAGUACAAGAGCCACAUGCACAGUUUCUUUGGCAGCGACGCGGUGAGGGUGAAUAUGAGCUCGACGGCCGAGUUGCAAAAGGGGUGUUCUACGGCGCAGAACCCGAAUGAUUUUUCUGUGUAUUGGAUCCCCACCCUCUACCACGUCCAAGGCGAAACCCGAACGCCCAUCGAACCGGUCUCCUUCGUGGCCUACUACAACUUUGACAAGGACCCAGCCGAGGUGCCCAUCCCCCCACACUUCUCCGUCGUGGCGGGCAACUCCAAGGCCUCGACGGAAGCGGACCUGGUUCCCGGUUCCGACGUGACCUGGCUCUGCCAGAACCAGGCGUUCGACGCGGGCGGCAAAGACCAUGCCCAGUUUCCUCAGAGCACGUGCUCGACUUCGUUACAGGCGGUCCUCUGGUUCCCGGACUGCGUCGACGAAACCACCCUCCAAUCUGCCUACUCUGAUAAGAAGAGUGGGGCGUGUGCGGGUGGGAUGAAGAGGAUGCCGCAGUUGCGGUUUAGUAUACGCUACGACACCAAGAAAGCGAUUCCCGAAGGUUGGAAGGGCGGGGACCCGCCGAUCGAGCUCGCGUGCGGCGGGAGUCGGUGCUUUCACGGGGACUUUGUGAACGGGUGGCUCGAGGAGGCGGCCAAGACCAUGGUUACCGGGUUGAAGAGUAAGAGGGAGUUUGAGGCCGUGGAUGGGCCGAAUGGGAAGGCUAGAGCGGGGAGUGUUUGUAAGAGGAAGGCGACGGACGCGGAUCCGGGGAAUGGGACGGGGGAUUGGGCGGAGAGUGUGAAGAUGAUGGGGGCUGGGAAGAGGAGGAGGAGGAGGAGGAGGAGCAGCGGUCCGGUGAGGAGGAUGGGGUUGUGA